AAUCGCCGUAGGUGUUCAUUUGCUCUCCAAAGUCCUAAUCGCAGGAUUCUUUCUGCCUUCUGACCUGGUUCAGACGCUCGACCGCUGUAAACGAGAGAAAGCCCCAAAUUCGUGGAAGAAGAAGAAGAAGAAGAAGCUGAUCAACAAUGGCGAUGGCUGCGUUGAGACGAGAAGGGAGGCGUUUCCUGCCACUGAUGUCUUCCAACUCCAUUAAUGCCGCUCGAUCUUCGAUUGUUUCUGAAGAUUUGGCCCCUCAGGGUGCACGUGCUAUUUCGACUCAAGUAGUUAGGAAUCGGAUGAAGAGUGUAAAAAAUAUUCAGAAAAUCACAAAGGCAAUGAAAAUGGUGGCAGCUUCAAAGCUACGAGCAAUUCAAGUUAGAGCUGAAAAUUCACGUGGCCUAUGGCAGCCAUUUACGGCACUUCUUGGGGAUACUCCUAGUGUUGAUGUCAAGAAGAAUGUUAUUGUUACUAUUUCAUCUGACAAGGGUCUUUGUGGCGGAAUUAAUUCUACAUCAGUCAAGGUCAGCAAGUCGCUUUACAAGUGGACUUCUGGUCCUGAUAAGGAAACUAAAUAUGUCAUUUUGGGGGAAAAGGCAAAAGCACAGCUUGUACGUGACUCAAAGAAAGAUAUUGAGAUAUCCAUAACUGAAUUGCAGAAGAAUCCAUUAAACUAUACCCAGGUUUCAGUUCUUGCUGAUGACAUUUUGAAGAAUGUUGAGUAUGAUGCUUUGAGGAUUGUCUUCAACAAGUUCCAUUCGGUUGUCUCUUUUAUGCCAACUUUAGCAACUGUAUUGUCUCCCGAGGUUGUGGAGAGAGAGGCUGAAGCUGGGGGGAAGCUUGGUGACCUGGACAAUUAUGAAAUUGAAGGUGGUGAGACAAAAGGCGAAAUUCUUCAGAAUCUUGCAGAGUUUCAGUUUUCGUGCGUUCUGUUCAAUGCAGUACUAGAAAAUGCAUGCAGUGAGCAGGGGGCAAGGAUGUCUGCGAUGGACAGUUCCAGCAGAAAUGCUGGGGAGAUGCUCGAUAGGCUUACUCUUACAUACAACAGGACCCGCCAAGCAUCUAUUACAACAGAGUUGAUCGAAAUUAUUUCAGGAGCAUCAGCACUGGAGGGCUGAUUUCUAAGAUUUGUGUUUUAAGUUCAUUGCGGAUCCUUAUAUUUGCUGUCUUUCAUCUUUUUCCCCUAUCACUCUACUCAGAAGAGAUCGUGAAGGUACAUGGGGAAGGAAUCUCUUGAUUAGUUUUGGUUGGGUGGAUAAAUGAUCUGCUGUGGGUCUCCUGGCAAUAUUGUUUGUCCAACUAUUGCAAUUGUGAUCUUCAAUAAGUAAUGAACUAGAUUGGUUGUUGUACUGCUCAAUGAAGGGCAUCAGAAAUGCCAUGAAUCCUGCUUAUUUCAAAUAUACAUGUACAUGCAUCGAGUAAGGAAAAUUGCUAUGAACGUUUUUUGA